CUCACCCAACAACAAAUUUCGGCAGCUGAGAUUGCCCUUGCAGCUGCUUGCGAGUCCGUCACGCUGUUACUGUCAAGAUCGGCAAUCAUUGAUCUCCAACUGACUCUGCAGCCUGUCCAUUAUCUGCCAUGAUAUCCCUUUCGCUGGCGAAACUGUCGACCGCACAAGAUGCUCACCAUGACGAGCAGACGUUUCAGUGGAGGCACGAAAGCAACAAUCUUGUCUGUGUAAUUGACUCAUACCAGGCUGGCGGUUCCGCACUGCAGUUGUUGAAGGUCGUGCAGGGCACGCAGAUUCGAGAGCAAAUUGAGCUAGAGCGUUUGACAAACGAGUCGGAAGAUCUCGUUAUGAGCAUGCACCAACGUGGAGUUGAGCUGAAAGGGGAUCAACUGCCCAUCUCCGCUAUCGUUCGUUGUCCGCUGAUAGCCAUUCGGUGGCAACUUCCAAACAAAAAGGUUCGUCGUCUGCAGAUGCGCUUCAGAUCCAAUGAAGACUUCGACAUUGCCUACAACCAUCUCCAUCAACUUGGCUUGCGAAUGAUGCCCCCGCAAAGUCAGUCGAAGGAUCGAGUGUCAAUUCCAAAACCUGAACAAUCAAGGGUUGUUGCGCGUCCGCCAGUCUCACUGUCGCGAUUAGAUGCUGAGCACACAGGACCCUCGUGCCCCCCAUCAAGACUCUCAGAGGUCUCGAGCCGACCCUACACUGCACUGUCCGCACCCACAGCUCUGGAGUCGCAGAUACAGGAGAGUGUUCAAGCGCGGCCAAGCUCGGCUUUCACAAACCCCAGCUUUUUGUCUUCGAAUCUUAUACCUCCCAUGUAUUUCCCGAGACCAGACUCGGCCUCGGUCGUAUCACCUGACUCCUCUCUCAUCUCUGCACCUCGUGAUGGAGUAGUCACAACUGUCGAGAAUCACGGUGCCGCUGCUACGACUUCACGCCCAGAGACUGCUCUGCUGUAUGAACGGCCUGACACAGCGGAGCUCCCGCCUCGGCGAGAGCUUCCGUUCCCGCGAGAUUUUCUACCCACAUCCUCUGGGAGCGACAACAACCGGCCUCGCAGUCGUCCGUCUACUGGAUUCAUGGGGCCACCACCGUUGCCGUCCCGGGUUAGUGACCUGCGGCCAAGCUCUGCCCGGGCUGUUAGUUUGGACAGCGACUUGCCUCCACUUCGCCAACCAACGAUGAUUCCUGAUACUGCAAAGAAGCCUCCCGUAGAACAGCGACCGCACACGCCUCGACCUUACUCGAGGGGCCAUUCAAAGCCCGCUCAGGCUACAGCAAUGUAUGAAGAUCAGCAAGACAUUUCGCAAAACUCGUUGUCGCCUCAGGCAUACUCGACGCCUGCAACCUCGAGCCCUUCAGCAACACGUCCUUUCACUCCUGUCAAUAGUGGCGCUCAGAACCAACGCUCUUUUACGUCGCCAAACGCAUUCGUGAGCUCUUCUGCAUCUAAGAGUAAAGAUCAAAUCAGCCACACGCUCGAUUCGUUUCUAUCGGGUGACGCCGAGAGAACAUUGAAUGCAUAUGCGAUGCAAAACGACGACGGGCGGAGAGCGGCUUUGGACAAAUUCAUCUUCAACAGCCUUGACAGCAAUGACUUCCUGACGCUUGUCGAAGAUAUGGAAGUGAAUUGGGCCCGCAUUGGACUCGGAACGUGGUAAAUCGUCGACUAACAUCCCUGUGCAAAACAUAUUUGAAGGACUAGUGUUAGGUUUCGAAGAAUGUGGUGGGACAACAAAAUCUUCGCCAGUUACAAAUUCCCUCGCACCUAGGAGACGAUACUCGGGAUUUGGCGCUUUCCAAUCCAAGUAUACUCAUUAUUAUAAGACUAUCGCGGGUAUUCUAGAUCAAUAAUGGAAAAC